ACCACUUGAGUUUUAUCUUUUGUCUUCCACCAUUAUCCUCUGUAGAGAACUCUGGUUCUUAUUCUUUUUUGAUCAACCCUCAGAAUUUCAGAAACAUAAGCAAUGGAGACUGCAUCACAUGCAACUCACGUGGGAUCGUCCUUCCAAGCGUCUCUUCGCUACGAUCAUCUAUAUUGGUUUCUCCUCCUCCUUCCAGCUUCAAGCGUCUGAAGUCGAGCUCGCUCUUCAGACAUUCACUACGACUAGCACCAAGAUCGCAAUUGAAAGUCACCAAGGCUAAGAACAAUGGUACUACAACCAGAGCCGGCCCUGGGCUAAAGCCCGUAAAGCCUGGGCUUUAGGCGCCAAACUCUAUAUAUAAAUUGAGGGCGCCAAAUUCCUGGUGCAUUACGAUCAUCCUCACUCUUUUACAAUUUUUUUUACAAAAAAAUUGUCAGUUAGGGAAAGAUCAAAGGUGUGCUUAAUUAUAAGAUUCCAAUGGAUAAAUCAUGGAUAAAGAAACCACGUUUAUCUCAAGAUUACAAAGUAGGAGUAAAUAAGUUCUUGGAUUUUGCAUUUGGUAGAUCAAAUGCACAAAUGAUGAAAUGUCCAUGUAACCGUUGCUCUCUAACCAAACCUAAGUCAAGAGAAGAUAUGGAAGGUGAUUUGAUGUGCUUUGGCUUUUUAAGUUCAUACACAAGUUGGAUAUUACAUGGAGAGGAAAUACACAUUACAGAGAAUGCAAGAGUACCUUCUGAUAUUGCUCGAGUUCAGUUAGAUUCAACUUCGAAUCUCUUGGAUGAUCUUUUUCCUGGUAUUAAUAUGAAUAUGCAAGGUGAACAUGGAAAUGAAUCAUCUGGGCAGCCAAUGAACACUGAUAUACCAUCAACUGGUGGAGAAACUAGUGGAAGAGGAGAAGAUUUCGAGGAGUUAUUUGCUGAUUAUAAUCAAGAGUUAUAUCCAGGAUGCAGUAACUUCACGAAGUUAUCCUUUAUACUGAAGUUGUACCAUAUUAAAUGUAUGUGUGGGAUCAGUGACAAGGGGAUAUCUAUGGUGCUCGAUUUGAUGAAAGAAGCAUUUAUGCAUGCCAAAUUGCCAGAUUCAUUUAAUGACAUGAAGAAGGUUAUUCGCAAAUUAGGAAUGACUUACGAGUCAAUUCAUGCAUGUCCAAAUGAUUGCAUGUUAUAUUGGGAGGCAGAUGCAGAAAGAGAGAUCUGCAAAGUUUGUGAAGUCUCUCGUUGGAAAGAUAAUAAAUCAGCAGAGAGAACGGUUUCUGGCUCAGAGAAAGAAAAAACUAAAGCUCCUGCAAAAGUUUUGCGUUAUUUUCCUUUAAAGCCACGACUGCAACGUUUAUUUAUGUCAUCAAAAACUGCAACCCACAUGAGAUGGCAUGCAACUGCUAGUAACAAUGAUGGCAAGCUUCGACAUCCAAGAGAUGGAUUGGCUUGGAAAGCAUUUGAUCAACAAUAUCCUGAAUUUGCUUCAGAGUCAAGAAAUGUCAGAUUAGGCUUGGCGACUGAUGGAUUCAACCCUUUUGGUACAAUGAGCAGUAGCUAUAGCAUCUGGCCAGUGAUGUUAUUUCCUUAUAAUUUUCCCCCGUGGAUGUCGAUGAAGCAGACAUCAAUGAUCCUCUCUAUGGUUAUUCCUGGAAAACACAUGCCUGGUAAUGAUAUUGAUGUCUACUUGCAGCCACUCAUCAAAGAGUUGAAAGAGUUAUGGUCUGAUGGGAUUGAAACGCUAGAUGCUUCCACAAAACAAACAUUUGAAAUGCGAGCAGCUCUCACGUGGACAGUUAGUGAUUUUCCUGGUUUUGGAAAUUUGUCAGGUUGGAAUACAUACACAGCAUCAGCUUGUCCAAGUUGUAAUUAUGAUGGUAUUGGACAACGAUUACGUCAUGGGGAAAAAAUUGUUUCAUUGGCCAUCGUCGUUUUCUUCCUGCAGAUCAUGACUUUCGUCAAAAUAGAGCAUAGUUUGAUGGGAAAAUAGAAACCAGACCUCCACCAGUCAGGUUGACAGGCUCUACAAUUGUUCACCAACUAGAACAAGUUAAUGUUACUCUUGGUAAGAAAAUGGUCUAGUUGGAGUUGGAAGAAAGAGAGAUCGAAGUGAUGUUGGAAGAGGUAGUACUCAGCAGUGGAAGAAAAAAAGUAUUUUUUUUGAGUUGCCUUAUUGGGAAUCUACAAUGCUGCGACAUAAUUUGGAUGUCAUGCACAUAGAGAAGAAUGUCUUUGACAAUCUGGCCUACACUUUGUUGGAUGACAAAAAAAAGUCAAAAGAUAACUUAAAUGCUAGAAAAGAUCUCCGUGAGCUUGGUAUACGUUCUGAGUUGUGGCCUGAUGAUAAUGGGAAGUAUCAAGCUGCAUCAUUUUCUCUGACCAGUCAGGGGAAAGAAACCUUUUUAAGUGUCUUAAAAGAUGUAAGACUCUCUGAUGGUUAUGCUUCUAACUUAUCAAGUUGUGCUGAUGUUGAUGGUCGAAAAUUAUCAGGCUUAAAAAGUCACGACUGUCACGUGAUAAUGAGAGAUUUAUUAUCGGUGGCAAUUCUGAAUGUCCUACCAACAGAUGUGACAUUAGCCAUUGUCGAAAUUUGCCAGUUUUUCAGAGAUAUAUCUGCAAAGGUCCUUGAUAUCGAAGAGCUUGAUAAAUUACAAGACCGUAUUGUGGUGACUUUAUGUCGUAUGGAGAUGUUGUUUCCUCCAUCGUUUUUCACAGUGAUGGUACAUUUGAUUGUACAUCUCACAGAAGAAGCGAAAUUUGGUGGGCCAGUUCCAUAUCGUUGGAUGUAUCCAAUUGAAAGGACUCUUGGACACUUCAAAUCAUAUGUUCGGAAUCGCGCUAAGCCCGAAGGUUCUAUCUGUGAACAAUAUCUAGCUGAUGAGUGUAUAACGUUUUGCUCAAUGUAUCUGAAUGAUAUAGAGACACGAUUUACUCGGGUUAGCCGUGCUGAUGAUCGACCUCUAGCUGAGACUAGCAUAAGACCAAAUUCUGAACUACCACUUAUUUUCCCAAAUAUUGGAAGGUUUAUUGGAGCAGGACGAGUGUAUUCUCUUAAUCAUAUAGAGAGGCAGCAAGCACAUCGACAUAUAUUGGUUAACUGUCAACUACUUGAUCACUUACGAAAGAAGUAUAAAAAUGAGUUGUUAGCAGAACAAUCUCAUCAGAGCAAGAGGAAUCGUGCUAUCGAUAUUGAUCGUGAAAUGCAUCUUAAUUUUGCAAAAUGGAUCAAGAAAAAAGUGGAGAUGAAUGAGUUAGAAGAGAUAACUGAUGAUUUACGAUGUUUAGCUCUGGGUCCAUCUAAAAAGGUUGUAAAGUAUACAGCUUAUAAUGUCAAUGGUUUUAAAUUCCGGACAGUAGAAAGAGAGGCUGAACUGAAAACUCAAAAUAGUGGUGUUUAUGUGGCUGCUGAAACAAUGAGCUAUGCUAGUGCUCGUGAUUGCAACCCAAGAACAGGGACAGUUGCUUACUACGGUAAUCUGAUUGAAGUUAUUGAGUUAAACUACUAUGAAGUCUUCAAAGUUGUGUUAUUCAAGUGUAAGUGGGCAGACACUCGUACAGAAAGAGGAUAUAAAAUAGAUGUAUAUGGUCAUCAUAGGGUAAAUUUCUCACGCUUGUUACACAGUGGAGAUAAUGAGGAAGAUGAACCAUAUAUAUUAGCGUCUCAGGUGAGAAUGGUAUAUUAUGUGAAUGAUCCUUCGGAGAAAGAGUGGAAAAUUGCGGUUCAUGUUCAACCUAGGGAUUUGUAUGAUAUGGGUGAUUCAAAUGCUUCAGAUCAAGUGGGUGAAGAAUCUGAUCCGGGCAUCUCUGUUUCUACGUAAGAAGGUGUUUGCAAGAAAUAUCUAGAGAAGAUCAAGCAUCAACAUCACUCUCUUAGACCUCAAAGUAUCAUCUGCUGCAUCAGCUCAUACUCUCGUAAGCAAAUACCUGCUAGUGACUGUCCUCUGUUACAAACCAUCGGAUCCUCACCUCCAGUACUUUCAGAUUCUAUGGACUAUGGAUUUCAUCGAUUCAGAAACACAAGAAGCAUAAGAUUUACCACAUCUGGAAGCUGAGUACAACAUGCCUCCUACACUUGCUCCAGAAUGCAACAGCUUCAAAUGGAAAAUAGAAGUUAUAGAUAUCAAUGGAAACAUAGAAGGCAAAAUGGUUACAUCUAAAGAUAUCUGGAAAUUGCAAAACAGCAGAGUCAUUGUGCAUUUCGACGAAGAUAGCGGCCAACCAAUUGGAGAAUCAGGAAGUUUGCUAGGAUCAUGGUUAGGUCAAUUAAGUAAUGAUGUAAAUUUGCUGCCAAUUAAUUACAGUGAUUGGAGGUUGGUUAACUCUCACAUAAAAAACAAGGCCUGGGAAGUAAUUCAGUCCAAAUUCUGGUUUGACGAUCCGACGAUGAGAAAAGCAUAUGUGAUGGGUGCAUUAGGUAGCAGAUGCAAAGACGUUAAAUUACGCCUCUGGAAAGAGUACAAACGAGAUAAUCUGAUUGAAACGUUGCAGAACCGACCUGAGCAUAUUCCUGAGAAUCAGUGGGGUCACUUAGUUCACAUGAGAUUUACUGAAAAAUGGAAGAAAAUGCAAGAGAGGAAUACAGAAAAUCAAAAGAAACAUACAAUGCCUCAUGUAUGUGGAAGAAAGAGUUUUCCUAGGAGAAGAAAUGAGAUCAAAAUCAAGACUGGAAAAACACCAAGCCGAGCAGAGUUUUUCAUCGUAACUCGUACAAAAUCUAAUGGGAACUUUGUCUGUGAAGAAGCCCAAAACCGAGCGUUUAACCAAGCGCUUGUAGCUUGGUGGCAAAAGAGGUACAGCUGUACUGUCCGUCAUCCGGGUUCGAGUCUUGGCCACAACGGAUUUAACAUCCCUUUCGUCUGGAUCUCUUUCAGGGAUAAUUGGGAAUGUGGCUACCCAGAUACCAGAAUUAUCAAAAAAAAAUGUGACUAAUUUUUCUUGUGACUAAAUUUUCUUUUUUAAUAUUGAUAAAAACAGAACAUCUGAUAUCUUAAAGACAUGGAAUUUUUUUGUAACAAACUUUUGUUAAUAUGUAUAUAAUAGACUCAUAAAAUUUGUAAGAA